AUGAGUGAAGAGAAUUUAUCACUUAGUGAUCUUUUAGAACAAAUACUAUGUUCUAAAGGGUCUAUGAAAGUUAUUAGAAAGAUGUAUGAAACAACACAAAGUGAAGGAACAAGUAUUUCAUUUAUAAGAGAUUUACUUUGUUUUUUUGAAGGAAAAAAUAAAACACUAAUGUUUAUGAAUAGAUUAUUUGAACAAUGGAUAAAUGGAAAUGACAAUUUAUUAUUUGUUAUUAGAAAAAAUUUUUGGUCAUAUAACUGUUUUACUGUUUAUUUAACUUGUUCAAAUUUAGUUGAAUAUCUUCAAACCAUAUUUACACCGUUCUUUGAGAGUUUACAAAGAAAAGAAGAAGAACCAAUAAAAUCUUUAUUAGUAGAAAAUAAAGAAUUAAAACAAAAAGAAAUGAGUCAAUUAAAAUUUAAAAGUAUUGAAUCAAAUGAAGUAAAAAAUUUAUUUAUUAAACCUGACUUAUCACAAAUACCUAUUUCUCAAUUAAACACUUUAAUACAAUUUAUUAUCGAUAAAUUAGAAAUGAUAGUUAAUUCAUUUAUACAAUCAGUUGAUCGUUUUCCACCUCAAAUUGGAUUUCUUUUCUAUACAUUAAGACUUAAAAUAAUUAAUGGAUAUCCAAGUUCUAUGAAUUCAUUUUUACUUUAUCUUAUUCAAGAAUCAGUAAUUACACCAUUUUUAUCUUCACCAUUAUUUUUUGGUAUGCUUGAACAAGUAACUUCAAAACAAUUAUUUAUUAUAAAUAUUUGUAUUUAUUUAUUAAGAAAUAUUUCAUUAAAUACACAAAUAUCAUCAGGCUAUUUUUCAUUAUUUAAUGAUUUUAUUACUUUUCAACAUAUUAAAAUAACUACUCUUUUUUUAAAUGUUAUCUGUACAAAAUAUCAAAAUGAAAGUCAUUACAUUAUUCCUGAAGAACAGUUUCAAAAGGUUUGUUAUUCUCUUUCAAAAAUAUUUAUUUCUCAUGGAAAUGUAUUAGAACAAACAUUUAUUCAAAAAUUACCAUCAAUUGGAUUAUCAGAAAUAUUAAAACGGUUAAAAGAUUCAUGUAAAGCAAGAAAAAAAAUAUAUAAAGAUAAGUUUAGACCAAUUAUUCCAAAAGCACCAUUUCAAUAUUUUGGAAAGAAGUAUGAAAGUUUAGAAUUAAUGUAUAAUAAUAAAUUUAUUGGAUUAUCUUCAAGAACAUUAUCAGCUAAUUUAAGGUCAAAAAAAAUAAGUCAUACAAUUAAAAUAUUAAGUCAAAAUGAAAAUUAUAUCAAUUACAUUGAUCCUAAAACUGGACUCACUCCUUUAAUGGUUGCUUGUAAAAAUCCUUCCAUUGAAUUAUUUAAAACAUUAUUAACUAAAUCACCAGAUGUGUUUAUUAGAGAUUUUAGAGGAUGGAGUGUUGUUCAUCAUGCAAUUUAUGAAGAUAAAGUAGAAUUUCUUUCAUUAUUAAUUAAUUAUCCAUUUUAUAAUUUAUUUGAUUGGAAUGAUGAUAUGAACACACCAUUACAUUAUAUUGUACAAAAACCCUUAACUAGUGAAGUAGAAAAAUGUAUUAUUCAAUGUUUAAAGAAUGGAGCAAAUAUUAAUUCAUUAAAUCUUUCAAAAGAAACACCAUUAUAUCGUGCAGUUAAAAAAAAUAAUAUAAAUAUGGUUAAAUACUUAUUACCAUUAGGAGCAGAUCCAUUUAUAAAAUGUGUAACAGGAAGUGUAUAUGACUUUGUAUUAGAAGAUCCACCAGAGUCAGAAUUAAGAAAAAUAAUAUUUGAUUUUGUAAAAAAAGGUAAAAUAUUUAAUUACGAAUACAUUAAAAUUAAUAAAGAACAAUAUAAUAUUCAUUUUUCAAUUCAAGAAUAUACAGACAUUAAUUCUAUUAUUAAUUCUAUCCAAGAACAAAAUUCAUUAUUAUUUGAAAAUUUAUUAGAUAGAAGUAAUUUUGAAAAUGAUAUUUUAAUAACAAAUGGAAAUACAUUAUUACAUGAAAUAUCUCGUAACGGUAAUUCAGAAAUUAUGGAAAUUUAUUGUAGAAAAAAAUUACUACUAAAUAACGUAACUACUCCAAUCCAUAUUGUUAAAUUAAAUAGUGCUGGUGAAACUCCAUUAAUGGUAGCACUAGAGUCAAAUAGAGCUGAUUGUGCAUUAAUGUUAUUAAGUUUAAAUAUUGAUAAUUUAUCUGAAACAAUUCAUCCAAAAACAAGAAGAAAUGCAUUACAUUAUCUAAGUAUAUCAGAUAUUUCAGUUGAAUUAAAAAAAGUAUUAUUUUUAAGUUUAUUUAUUAGAAUUACAAAUAUUAAUCAACAAGAUAAAGAUGGAAAUACAUGUUUACAUUUAUUAUUAAAGAAAAAAGAGGAUGUUUCUUUAACAGAAUUACUUCUUAAUAAUGGUGCUGAUAUGUUUAUUGAAAAUAAAAAAAAACAACAAUGUAUUCAUAUUUCCAUUGAAAAUAAAGAUGUUUUAAAUUUUAAUUUUUUAUUUGAACAUGAAUAUGAUUGGUGUGAUGAUGAUUUUGAAUUUAUUCAUACUUUGUAUUCACAAGAUUCUUUAUUAUUAAUUCCUCAUGUUAUAAAUUAUCUCAAUUCUAUUACUUCUUCAAGUCCUGUUCAUCGUUGGGAAAUUGUUUUAAAAAUAAAAAGAUUAUUAGACGCUUCUCAUCUUUUUUCUGAUUCUAUUCUUGUUAAUCCUAGUUCUUAUAUUCAUUCUUUUAUUCAAUGGCUGGCUAUUAAAUAUGAAUCUGAAACACUUAAAAAUCAAUUAAAAGAAUGUUUAAUGGAUGAUGAAAAAGUAGAAGAAAAUUUACAAGAAGAUCACAUUAGAAAUCACAUUAAUCAAGGUUUAGCAUUAGGAAUUCAUGACUGCAAAAUACUUAAAAUUUCUCUUGAAAUGCUUCAAGAAAACCUUUCAAGAUGUUUAGAAAUUCAAAAUUCUCUUGUUAAAGAUGAUUUUCGGUAUGAUAAAACAGUUUUAACUGAGCUAGUAAAAAAGUUAUAUUUUGCAACACAACAAGCAAAUGCACAAUAUUAUUCUAAUUAG